AUUCCUUGGAAAAAUAUUCAUCCCUUCGGAAGAACACACUUUGUCUUUUCUUUUUUGUUGUUGCUUCAGAACACUCUUUCCAAAUCAAUUUUUAGGGUUUACUCUUGAGAAUUUCUGCAAUGGAUCUCGACUUAAACGCUCCUCAUUCAAUGGGAACUACCAUCAUUGGAGUCACUUAUGAUGGCGGUGUUGUUUUAGGUGCAGAUUCAAGAACUAGUACAGGGAUGUACGUUGCUAAUCGGGCAUCAGACAAAAUCACACAGCUUACAGAUAAUGUUUACUUGUGUCGUUCUGGAUCAGCUGCUGACUCUCAAGUCGUUUCUGAUUAUGUGCGUCACUUUCUUCACCAGCACACGAUACAACAGGGGCAACCUGCAACUGUAAAAGUGGCGGCGAAUUUGAUUAGGUUGCUGGCAUAUGGUAACAAAAACAUGCUUCAAACUGGUAUGAUUGUUGGUGGAUGGGACAAAUAUGAAGGAGGAAAAAUAUAUGGAGUGCCUCUUGGUGGGACAAUCGUAGAGCAACCUUUUGCUAUUGGAGGGUCUGGUUCCAGUUAUUUGUAUGGAUUCUUUGAUCAAGCAUGGAAAGAUGGGAUGACCAAGGAUGAAGCUGAGAAACUAGUGGUGAAGGCUGUCUCUCUUGCCAUUGCUCGUGAUGGUGCAAGUGGAGGUGUCGUUCGUACUGUCACUAUUAACUCAGAGGGAGUGACAAGGAAUUUCUAUGCUGGGGACACCCUUCCGUUGUGGCAUGAGGAGUUGGAGCCCCAGAACUCAUUGUUGGACAUACUAUCGUCAGCCCCCAUCGAACCAAUGAGAACAUAGAGAACCUAGAAAAAAAGGGAAAUAGAUUCGUCUAUCUUAAUCCUUUUUAGGAUUCCGUUUGAGAUAGCUGAACUAUUGAAGUAGAACUCUCUCCCUUUCUUGUUAUACUGUCCAAAAUUCUUUAUUAUCAGUACCUAGGUACUUUGAAGCAUGCUAUUUGUUCUCAUUAUGUUGGUAAAUGGUAUGUGUACCAUGUAAUUCUGUUUCACUUUUUAGAACUCCUUAUGCUGUUAAAAGUAACGCAGGAAGGCUACUGUUUGUGGAACUCUUUAUGCUCCUAGAUAAAUGAACAGCUAGGAGGAGACCUCUACUAAAUUCUGAUCACUACUGUUAUUAGGAUUACCCUAAUAGGAGUUCUGUAAUGGUAGGCUUGUUUGUGUGCCAA